GGGAGCAACAUAACAAAAACCACCCAGACAUAUAGAAAUGGUAUUGGAUUAAUUUUGUAAACAACGAUCUCAACAUUAAGAAAAACAAGGCCAACCAAAACUUUUUUGUGUCCACCUCUAUAGAAAUUGAAUUGAAUUUUGGGAACAAAACCAACAAAACCUUAUUAAACACAGUUUAAACUGUCAUCUCUCAAGUAUUUUUUUUUGGAACAAAAAUCAAAACUGACAACUCUAAAAUCAAAACAAAAACAUCACACACAAUGUUUGUAUUCCUUAAAAGUUUUCCAUUGAUGUAACAUGCCAUCGAUGUAACUUGACUGACAAAAUGUCUUAAAUGCAACUAUUAACCCUCUUUUUGUAAACGAAAUCAUAAGUAUCAUUGUAAAAUUAUCAACGAUUUAUUACUUAUACAAUUUUCUUUUACUAGCCAUAGAGUAAGUCUAGUAAAGAAACCCAAAAACAGAAAUAAAACCUGUGGCAUUGUUAACAAAUAUAUAUAUUUUACUACUACUACUACUGUACAAAACGUCUCCAAAAUUUACUCUUUUGUACAUAACAGAAACAAACAAAAAUAAAUAUCUUCCAUUUAUAUAUAGAACUUGCCACAUUUGUGUUGCACUUUUAAAAGGUUGUUAGUUGCCCUUAUUGUAAAUAUAUAGUUUUUAAAACGGCAAACAAGACAUCUACAACCCAGCACCAGCAGCAGCAGUAGUGGUAGCAAGCGUAUUACAAGUAGUAUACAACAAUUUGUUGUAACAUAUUGUGCCUCCUUGAGAUAGGCUAUUGUGUGUGUGCAGCGCGCGAGUUUGUUUGUUGGUUGUAAAUAAUGGGGCUGCAAAUGGCAGCAUUGCCAACAGCAGCCAAUUUUGUUGCAGUAACACUCCUAGUAUUGUUGAUCUGGACGCCACAUGUUAUAGAUGCAGUCCAUGCAAAUUUUUCGGAUUUUCCAUACAUACAAUAUUUAACACAUCCACCGGAGAUCAUCAAGAAGCCUCAAAAUCAGGGUGUUCGUGUAGGAGGAGUGGCAACAUUUUAUUGUGCAGCUAGAGGAGAUCCACCGCCGUCAAUAGUUUGGCGUAAAAAUGGCAAAAAAGUAUCUGGUACCCAAUCACGUUAUACUGUGUUGGAGCAACCCGGCGGUGUUUCAAUAUUACGCAUUGAGCCUGUACGUGCUGGACGUGAUGAUGCUCCCUAUGAGUGCGUAGCAGAGAAUGGUGUAGGAGAUGCUGUAUCAGCAGAUGCUACACUAACAGUAUAUGAAGGUGAUAAAACUCCUCCUGGUUUCCCUGUGAUAACCCAGGGUCCUAGUACGCGUGUCAUUGAAGUUGGUCACACGGCCACCAUGCAGUGUAAAGCUAUUGGUAAUCCCACACCAAAUAUAUAUUGGAUUAAGAAUCAGACAAGAGUUGACAUGAGUAAUCCACGGUAUUCGAUAAAAGAUGGUGGCCUACAAAUUGAAAACAGUCGGGAGGAGGACCAGGGUAAAUAUGAGUGUGUGGCAGAGAAUUCUGUGGGCACUGAACAUUCCAAGGCCACGAAUUUAUAUGUUAAAGUACGUAGAGUACCACCCACUUUCUCGCGACCACCAGAGCCCAUUAAUGAAGUGAUGUUAGGAUCAAAUCUUAAUCUCUCUUGCAUAGCGGUGGGUUCACCCAUGCCUCAUGUUAAAUGGAUGAAAGGCGCCCAAGAUUUAACCCCUGAAAAUAAUAUACCUAUUGGCCGUAACAUUUUGGAGUUGAUAAAUAUACAGCAAAGUGCAAAUUAUACAUGCAUAGCAGCCUCUUCGUUGGGUCAAAUAGAAGCAACGGCCGUGGUUAAAGUGCAAUCUUUACCUACCGCACCCACAGAUGUACAAAUUUCUGAAGUUACAGCCACCUCUGUACGUUUGGAGUGGUCUUAUAAAGGCCCCGAAGACUUACAGUAUUAUGUGAUACAAUAUAAACCUAAAAAUGCUAAUCAGGCUUUUAGCGAGAUUAGCGGCAUUAUAACCAUGUUUUAUGUGGUACGAGCAUUGAGUCCUUAUACUGAAUACGAAUUUUAUGUGAUAGCUGUAAAUAAUAUAGGAAGAGGACCACCAUCGAUACCAGCGACUUGUACCACUGGCGAUUUUACAUAUGGUGGAGCAAAAAUGGAAAGUGCUCCCCGUAAUGUACAAGUACGUCCCUUAUCAUCGUCUACCAUGGUUAUAACCUGGGAGCCACCAGAGACACCCAAUGGACAAUUGACCGGCUACAAAAUUUAUUUCACCACAAAUCCUAAUCAACCAGAAGCCUCUUGGGGUUCUCAAAUGGUUGAUAACAGUGAACUAACAACGAUAGCAGAUUUAACACCCCAUGCCAUCUACACGGUACGUGUUCAAGCCUAUACAUCCAUGGGUGCCGGUCCAAUGUCCACGCCAGUACAAGUCAAAACACAACAAGGUGUCCCCUCGCAACCCAGCAAUUUCCGGGCCACCGAUAUCGGUGAGACCGCAGUUACAUUGCAAUGGUCCAAACCGACACAUUCCAGUGAAAAUAUUGUUCAUUAUGAAUUAUACUGGAAUGAUACAUACGCCAAACAGGAUCAUCACAAGCGCAUUUCCAAUACCGAAUCCUAUACGCUUGAUGGUUUGUAUCCUGACACUUUAUAUUAUAUUUGGCUGGCAGCUCGUUCUCAAAGAGGUGAAGGUGCCACAACACCACCCAUACCCGUCCGUACGAAACAAUAUGUACCAGGUGCCCCACCACGCAAUAUAACAGCUGGUGCCGGUAGUCCCACCACUAUAGCGGUAAGCUGGUUACCCCCACCUCUAGAACGUUCCAAUGGUCGCAUUAUCUACUAUAAAGUGUUCUUUGUCGAAGUGGGUCGUUCGGAUAGUGAGGCCACAAUAACGACUCUUAAUAAAACCGAACUUGUUUUGGAUGAAUUGAAACGUUGGACCGAAUAUAAGAUAUGGGUAUUAGCUGGCACUUCGGUGGGUGAUGGACCACGUUCGCAUCCCAUUAUAGUGCGUACGCAUGAAGAUGUGCCUGGAGAUCCUCAAGAAGUUAAGGCUACUCCAUUAAAUUCGACUUCAAUUCAUGUUAGCUGGAAACCUCCACUGGAAAAAGAUCGUAAUGGUAUUAUACGUGGCUAUCACAUACAUGUCCAGGAAGUAAGAGAUGAGGGUAAGGGUUUCUUAAAUGAACCUCUCAAAUAUGAUGUGGUUGAUGCCUUGGAAUACAACGUUUCCGGUCUACAGCCUGAUACUAAAUACUCCAUACAAGUGGCUGCCCUUACACGCAAAGGAGAUGGUGAUCGCAGUCCGGCAGUUAUAGUAAAGACCCCCGGAGGUGUGCCCGUUAGACCCACAGUCAGUCUAAAAAUAAUGGAACGUGAUCCCACUGUUUCGAUAGAAUUGGAAUGGGAGAGACCAGCACAAACGUAUGGAGAACUAAGGGGUUAUCGUCUGCGUUAUGGUAUAAAAGAACAACCGCUCAAGGAAAUGUUAAUGGGUCCGCAUGAAACGAAAAAACCCUUUAAAGAUCUGGAAAGGGGUGUGGAAUAUGAAUUUAGAGUGGCGGGUAGUAAUCACAUAGGUAUUGGCCAGGAAACAGUGAAAAACUUCCAAACCCCCGAAGGCGUACCGGGAGGACCACCUUCUAAUAUCACCGUUAGAUUCCAGACACCCGAUGUAGUGUGCGUUACCUGGGAGCCUCCCAUCAGAGAACAUCGUAAUGGCAUUAUCACACGCUAUGAUGUACAAUUUCAUAAGAAAAUAGAUCAUGGUUUGGGUUCGGAAAGAAAUAUGACUUUGCGCAAGGCUGUGUUUACGAAUUUAGAAGAGAACACCGAAUACAUAUUCCGGGUGCGAGCUUAUACUAAACAAGGAGCUGGACCUUUUAGUGAAAAGAUUUCGGUGGAAACCGAAAGAGAUAUGGGUCGCGCUCCUAUGUCAGUACAAGCCGUAGCUACUUCCGAACAAACCUCGGAAAUUUGGUGGGAACCAGUGCCCUCAAGAGGCAAACUCUUGGGUUAUAAGAUCUUCUAUACCAUGACAGCUGUGGAGGAUUUAGAUGAAUGGCAGACAAAGACCGUAGGCUUGACAGAAUCCGCAGAUUUGGUGAAUUUGGAAAAGUUUGCCCAGUAUGCGGUGGCUAUAGCGGCUAGAUUUAAAACUGGUUUGGGACGUUUAAGUGAAAAAGUAACCGUUAAAAUCAAGCCCGAAGAUGUGCCCUUGAAUUUGAGAGCCCACGAUGUAACCACCCACUCUAUGACUUUAUCCUGGUCUCCACCUAUACGCUUGAAUCCCAUUAACUAUAAGAUUUCCUAUGAUGCCAUGAAAGUAUUUGUGGACUCUCAGGGAUUUUCACAGACACAAAUUGUACAAAGAAGAGAGAUUAUUUUAAAGGCUUAUGUUAAGACGCACACCAUUAAUGAAUUGAGUCCCUUUACCACCUACAAUGUCAAUGUUAGUGCUUUGCCAUCGGACUAUUCCUACAGACCACCCACUAAAAUUACGGUGACCACACAAAUGGCUGCACCCCAACCUAUGGUGAAGCCAGAUUUCUAUGGUGUGGUUAAUGGCGAAGAGAUUUUAGUUAUUUUACCUCAAGCUUCCGAAGAAUAUGGUCCAAUAUCUCAUUAUUAUUUGGUGGUGGUGCCCGAAGAUAAGUCGAAUUUACACAAAAAUCCUGAUCAGUUCUUAACGGAGGAUUUAGUGCCGGGGCGUAAUAAACCAGAAAGACCUAAUGCUCCCUAUAUAGCCGCUAAAUUUCCUCAAAGAUCUAUACCGUUUACCUUCCACUUGGGCUCGGGAGAUGAUUAUCACAAUUUCACCAACCGCAAAUUGGAGCGGGACAAGCGUUAUCGCAUUUUUGUUAGAGCUGUGGUUGAUACUCCCCAAAAACAUUUGUAUACCUCAUCACCCUUCUCGGAAUUCUUAUCAUUGGACAUGCGUGAAGCUCCUCCCGGUGAACGGCCUCAUAGACCUGAUCCCAACUGGCCUUCAGAACCCGAAGUUUCGGUUAAUCGCAAUAAGGAUGAGCCCGGCAUGCUGUGGGUGGUAUUACCGGCCUUGGCGGCUUUAAUUUUGGUUACCACUUUCAUUAUUAUUUACAUUAUCAAGCGUAAGCGACAACCCUGUAAGACACCCGAUCAAGCUGCUGUUACCAGACCUUUAAUGGCUGCAGAUUUGGGUGCUGGUCCCACUCCCAGCGAUCCGGUAGAUAUGAGACGUUUGAACUUCCAAACUCCCGGCAUGAUUUCACACCCACCCAUACCCAUCUCGGAGUUUUCAAAUCAUGUGGAACGCCUCAAAGCGAAUGACAAUCAGAAAUUCUCUCAGGAAUAUGAAAGCAUUGAACCGGGUCAACAAUUCACCUGGGAUAAUUCCAAUUAUGAAUACAACAAGCCCAAGAAUCGUUAUGCCAAUGUUACGGCCUAUGAUCAUUCACGUGUUAUACUGCCACUCAUGGAUGGGGUAGUGGGUUCGGAUUAUAUUAAUGCCAACUAUUGUGAUGGUUAUCGCAAGCACAAUGCCUAUGUGGCUACCCAGGGGCCUUUGCAGGAAACUAUAGCUGAUUUUUGGAGAAUGUGCUGGGAAUUGAAGACUACAACUAUUGUAAUGAUGACACGCUUAGAGGAGAGAACACGCAUUAAAUGUGACCAGUACUGGCCAACAAGAGGAACCGAAACUUAUGGACAAAUGUUUGUGACCAUAACCGAAACCCAGGAACUCUCAACCUAUAGUAUACGAACCUUCCAAGUGGUAAGACAGGGCUUUAAUGAACGUCGAGAAAUUAAGCAAUUGCAAUUUACUGCCUGGCCUGAUCAUGGUGUACCCGACCAUCCUGCUCCCUUCUUACAAUUCCUGCGCCGAUGUAGAGCUCUUACUCCCCCCGAUUCUGGACCCGUUGUGGUGCACUGCUCGGCUGGAGUGGGUCGUACGGGUUGCUAUAUUGUCAUUGAUUCGAUGCUGGAAAGAAUGAAACAUGAAAAGAUUGUGGAUAUUUAUGGUCAUGUCACAUGUCUGAGGGCUCAACGCAACUAUAUGGUCCAGACCGAAGAUCAAUAUAUAUUUAUACACGAUGCCAUAUUGGAGGCCAUUAUCUGUGGCCACACCGAGGUACCGGCCCGCAAUCUUCACACCCAUUUGCAAAAGUUAUUGACCACUGAACCGGGUGAAAAUAUCACUGGCAUGGAAAUUGAAUUUAAGAAAUUGUCCAAUGUUAAGGUUGACUCUUCCAAAUUUGUAACGGCCAAUCUGCCCAGCAACAAGCAUAAAAAUCGUUUGGUACACAUCUUACCCUAUGAAUCGACCCGGGUUUACUUGACUCCUAUACACGGUAUCGAGGGCAGUGAUUAUGUUAAUGCCAGUUUCAUAGAGGGUUAUCGUUAUCGUUCGGCUUAUAUAGCGGCUCAAGGUCCAUUGCAAGAUACAGCAGAAGAUUUCUGGCGUAUGUUGUGGGAACACAACUCAACGAUUGUGGUGAUGUUGACCAAACUCAAGGAGAUGGGCAGGGAAAAAUGCUAUCAAUAUUGGCCCCAUGAACGCUCUGUACGUUAUCAAUAUUAUGUUGUUGAUCCCAUUGCUGAAUACAAUAUGCCACAAUAUAAAUUACGUGAAUUCAAGGUAACCGAUGCACGUGAUGGCUCUUCACGUACCGUGCGACAAUUUCAAUUUAUCGAUUGGCCCGAGCAGGGUGUACCCAAGUCGGGUGAAGGCUUCAUUGAUUUCAUCGGUCAGGUGCAUAAAACAAAAGAACAGUUUGGUCAAGAUGGUCCCAUCACUGUGCACUGUAGUGCUGGUGUGGGUCGCACGGGUGUGUUCAUAACCUUAAGCAUUGUGUUGGAACGCAUGCAAUAUGAGGGGGUUUUGGAUGUUUUCCAAACUGUGCGAAUUUUACGUGCUCAACGGCCAGCUAUGGUGCAAACAGAGGAUCAAUAUCAUUUUUGUUAUCGUGCUGCUUUGGAAUAUUUGGGUUCAUUUGAUAAUUAUACCAAUUAGUUUAAUUUGAAAUCAACUGUAUAACAGUUUGUUUAUUAGAUGUUAAUAUCAACAACAUUAAAAAAACCAUAUUUUUUUUUGUUUAAAUGUUAGUAUAUAUUUAUUAUAAUUUAA